AUGGCUGAUUGUGAGGGACAGAGGGAGCAGCAGCGGGAGGAGGCGCUCGCUGUCCCAGAACAGGGUCAUGACCCAGUCUGCUCCUCCACAGAGGAGCUGCCCUACCCUACUCUGGCCCCUGUGGCAUUGGAGGUUUCUGUCUUUGCAUUCUUUAUGGUGGAAAUGCUCAUAAAGAUGGUGGCCCUGGGAGUCUUUGGCCACAAAGGAAGUUACCUUAGCAACAACUGGAACAAGUUUGACGUCUUCAUCAGCUCUGGAGGGUUAGUAUCCCAUAAUGCCUUUAAUUCAUGCCAUCAAAUCACUCUGUUUUCUCUUUUCUCUCAAAUAGUGGGGCCAAUGCGCCUGAUCAGCAGAGUACCAUCCAUGCGACACUUGAUGACCAUACUCUUAGACUCCAUGCCCAUGCUUGCAAACGUCCUCAUCCUUUGCUUCAUUGUCGUCCACGUCUUCGCCGUCAUGGGAGUCCAGCUGUGGGCGGGCCAGCUGCGCAACCGCUGCUUCCUGGGAGAGGACAUUCCCACAAAAUACAAUGUGUCCUUAAGUCCAUACUAUGUGUCCAAGUAUGGUGAAAAAUUCCCAUUCAUCUGCUCACCUGACGACAACAACGGGAUGAUGCGCUGCCAUGACGUGCCGCCUUACCACGAGGAUGGGCAAACCUGCUCAUUGGCUGCUCCCCACCAUGCUUUGAUUGCAAAUGAGUUAGUUCCUACAGAGGCUGGAGCCAGAGUUAACACCUGUGUCAACUGGAACAUGUACUACAAUGUGUGUCGCGCCGGGGACCGCAACCCUCACAUGGGAGCUACCAACUUCGAUAACAUCGGCUUCGCCUGGAUAGCCAUAUUCCAGGUUGUCACACUGGAAGGCUGGACGGAGAUCAUGUCUUACGUUAUGGAUGCUAAUUCCUGUUGGAGUUUUGUGUUUUUCGUACUUGUCACCAUUAUGGGCUCCUUUAUCAUGAUGAAUGUGGGCGCUGUCGUCAUCGUCACCCACUUCUCAGAGAAUAUGAUCCUGGAUAAAGAAGAGCAGGGUGCUGGGACUGAGGCUAUCGCAGAGCUCUGGAGCAGGAGUAGACAUCAUAACAGGGUUCACGCUGACCCACACGGCGGCAGCCGCACGAGGACCUGCGAGUUGGUGAGACGAGUCAACCAACAGCAGUAUUGCCUCAUAACAAGGGGCCACUUAACUGACUCCCCUCUCUUCUUGGACCAGGUCUGGAAUCCACUCAGGAGAAAACUGAAGAGGAUCGUCAAGGGAGCAUUGUUCAAUGGAGUGAUGAUGUUUUUUGCUUUCGUCUGUAUUCUCACCAUGAGCAUAGAGCACCAUGGGCAGCCAAAGGAGUUGACACAUGCGACACACAUCAUUAACAUCAUCCUCACCAUUGUAUUUGUUGUGGAGAUGACCUUAAAGUUGCUGGCUCUCUCGUGGACAUACUUUAGGGACAGACAAAACAUCUUUGACUUUGUCAUUGUUAUCGUCAGUUUGUGGGAGGUUACUGCUAACGUCGACGGCAGGUUGUCAGCUCUACGUGCAGUUCGCCUGUUGCGGUUUGUGAGGAUGGUUUACUUCCUCACUUACCUGAGGAGACAACUGCUCUUGUUGACGAGGACCAUGAAGAAGGCAGUUGUGCUCUGCAGGUUACUGCUGUUUACCAUUUUCAUUUUCAGUAUACUGGGUAUGCAGCUGUUUGGUGGUAAAUUCAGCUUCAUAACACAGAAGGGAGAGACCAUCACUCACAGAAAAAACUUUGACACCCUACUUUCAUCCACAGUCACUGUGUUCCAGAUUUUGACUCUUGAGAACUGGAAUCUGGUGCUCUACAAUGCCAUGGCUGCUACCUCUCCAUGGGCCGCUCUGUACUUUGUUGCAGUCAUUGUUUUUGGGAAACAUGUUCUUCUCAAUAUACUUGUGGGCAUAGUGGUCCAGAGCUUCCAGGAUGAUGACCCCUCAGAACCAAACUCAGACUGCUCUCUCUCUCGCAGUGGGCCCAGCAGCCCCACUGCAAUUAACUCAGCCCCAGAGGAAGAGUCUGCACCUGCAGACACCAAUGAGGACAAUACAUCUUUGAACUUGAAACAGAUAGUGCUCCGCUGGUGCAAAGAGCAUGAAGACUGGUCCUUGUACGUGUUGUCUCCACAGAACAGGUUCCGUGUCUGUUGUCAACGCGUGAUCUCUCACAAGAUGUUUGACCAUGGGAUUCUGUUCUUCAUUCUAAUAAACUCUGUCACCAUUGCCAUGGAGAGACCUGGAAUAGACCCUAAAAGCACGGAGCGAUGGAUCCUCAUUAUAACCAGUUACCUUUGCUCUGCUGUCUUUCUGGUUGAGAUGCUUUUUAAGGUUCUCGCUCUUGGUUUGCUGUUUGGGAAGGAGAGCUAUUGCCGGUCUGCCUGGAAUGUCAUGGAUGGUUUGCUGGUGACUUUGUCUGUAGUCCACAUCCUUGUGUCCCUGGCCAGUACAGGCAACAGUAACAUACAGGGCAUCCUCAAAGUUUUCCGCCUGCUCCGCACAUUUCGUCCACUAAGGGUGAUCAAACGAGUCCCGAAACUGAGGCUGGCUAUAGAAACUCUGAUUGCUUCGGCUCAACCAAUUUGGAACAUCAUUGUCAUCUGCUGCUUCUUCUUCUUUUUCUUUGGUCUCCUUGGUGUACAGCUUUUCAAAGGGAAGUUCUUCUCCUGUGUGGGUGAGGACACCAGAAACAUCACCAGCAAGACCGAGUGUCUGUCAGCCAACUAUCGCUGGGUACGAAAGCAGUACAACUUUGACAGCCUGCCUCAGGCUCUGAUGUCCUUGUUUGUUAUGUACUCUAAGGAUGGCUGGCUAAACAUCAUGUAUGAUGGGAUGGAUGCUGUGGGUGUAGACAAGCAGCCUGUGAAGAACUACAAUGAGUGGAUGGGUCUUUAUUUCAUCUCCUUCAUGAUGAUGAGCUUCGUGCUCCUCGACACAUUUAUUGGUGUGAUGGUGGAGACCUUCCACCAGUGUCAGCAGGAGCAAAAACAAAAUGAUACAGAAGUGAGAGAAGUGUCGCAAGACCAGUGCAGGGGUAAGGAGAAGCCUGAGCAGGUGCCAUAUUACACAAACUACUCCCCCAUGCGUCGAUCUAUCCACACUCUGUCCACCAGCAACUUCCUGGACCUCUUCAUGACAGUCAUAAUUUUCAUCAGUGUCUUGAUGAUGGCUUUCGAACAUUAUAAUCAACCUCAGUACAUAGAAAAGCUUGUAGAGUAUUCCAACUAUGUGUUCACUGCCAUCCUGAUCAUCGAAGUCCUUUUGAAACUUGUGGCGUUUGGUGCAUGGAGGUUCAUAAAAAUCAGUUGGAAUCUGCUGGACGUCACUGUCAUCUUGGUUUCCGUCAUCAGUAUCAUUUUCAACAAGAUGAAAAUGGCACACUCAAUUCCCCUAAAUCCCAGCAUUCUGAGAGUCUGUAGAGUACUGAGACUAGCCCAAGUACUGAAGACCAAAAAAGUUCGAGUUCUGCUCAACACCAUUAUCAAGACGCUGUCUCAGGUUGGAAAUAUCUGUUUCCUCUUCAUUUUCUUCUUUUUCAUCUAUGCUGCGCUGGGAGUGGAGCUCUUUGGAAAGCUUGAAUGCAGCGAAGAUCACCCGUGUCUGGGUUUACAUCGGCACGCCAACUUCAGGCAUUUUGGGAUGGCCCUGCUCACACUCUACCAAGUGUGCACUGGAGACAACUGGAGCAGCAUUAUGAAAGACACAUUGAGGGAGUGUCGUCCAGGUGACCACAGUUGUUGGAGCUACCUGUCCUGGGCCUCUCCGAUCUGCUUCAUCAGCUUUGUGGUUUUGGCCCAGUUUGUGCUGGUGAACCUGGUGGUGGCAGUAAUCAUGCAGGCUCUGGAGGACAGCCGCAAGGAGGAGGAAGAAGAACAGGUUGCAAGUCCAGCUGCAUCCAGGGGAGAGAGUGGAAUCCAGCUGCAACCUUCUGCUGUUUAA